CGCCGACUGAAGCAACAAACCUAAGAUGCAUAGAGCAGUAGUUGCAGCCCUUAUUGUGGCGGUGGUCAUGAAUCUCCAGCAAACGGCUUCCGGGGAAACCCUGAAGCACUUCGAACGUGAGUUGGUGUCCGAGUUGGCGGCGCAGAUCCUGCGCGUGGUUCAGGGACCCUCGGCCUUCGUCGCGGGACCUCACAAGCGCAACUCGGAGCUGAUCAACUCCCUCCUGGGGAUCCCCAAGGUCAUGACCGACGCCGGGAGGAGAUAGAGAAUGAAAGGAAAACUACAUGCUGCAGAAAGGAUUAUGGACAUCAAAAAUAUUUCCCAGAGCACUUCCAUCUCUUUAUCUUGAUAAGAAAAAAAAGUUGCAACACCAAUGUAUUCCAUUUAUUUUCCGAGAAACUAAAUAAAUUGC